AUGAAGGGCAAGUAUCACCAGAGAGAGACGGCGCGAAAAGUCAAGAGAUCAUCCGAUGGACUGGCAGAUUGGUCGGACGUCCUGGCAGAGAUUGACAGGGUCCGCACGUUUGCGCAGACUCCAAAAGCAACAACAACUGGGUAUAUCCGUCACAAACAGGCAGGAAAGCUCUGGGUCAGAGAACGAGUCGAACUGCUUUUAGACCCCGGGAGCUUCCGAGAGAUUGGGAGCACUGCGGGCACAGCCACGUGGACCAAAGUCAAUGCAUUAUCCAAAAAUCCAAUGGAGGCAGAACGACAAACUGUGACAGAGUUCACACCAAGCAAUAAUGUUCAGGGGUUUGGCGCCAUCAAAGGCCGACGCGUCCUGCUUACUGCAGACGACUUUACCUUGCGCGCUGGGCAUGCGGACGGUGCGCUGAUGGCAAAGACGCUUUACAUGGAGCAGCUAGCUUGCUUUCUAAAGGUACCAAUGAUUAAAUUGGUUGAUGGAUCAUCAGGGGGUGGUUCAAUUACCACUUACAAGACAGACAACGGUUCGUACCUACCUGAGAUCGAGUUUCUCCCUUUCAUGGUUCGCCAACUGGAUCUUGGAAUACCGAAUUGUGCAGCUGUAGUGGGUCCUGCUGUAGGCCUUGGUGCUGCGAGAGCUGCAGUCUGCCAUUUCAGUGUUAUUGCCGGAGAUAUUGGUGCCUUGUUCAAUGCCGGCCCCAAGAUUGUUGAAGGUGCCACGUUUGAAGAAGGCUUGAGCACUCAAGAUCUUGGAGGCCCAGCCAUUCAUUGUGGCAACGGGGUUAUUGACAAUUACGCCCCAAAUGAGAAAGAAUGCUACGAUCAAAUUGCACAAUUUCUCAUAUACGUGCCUAAUCACGGGGGCGUCCUACCCCCGGUGAUACCCUCAGACGAUCUUCCCGACCGAGAUUGCUCUUAUCUGCGGUCGACGAUUCCGCGGCGCCGUCAGCGAAUGUACGAAGUUCGACCUAUCAUUACCUCAAUCGUGGAUAGUGGCUCGUUCUUCGAAAUCGGGCGCCACUGGGGACGGAGUGUCGUUGUCGGCCUUGCGCGGCUGAACGGCCAACCUGUGGGGAUUUUUGCCAACGAUUGCAUGUUUAAUGCAGGUGCUAUGGACGCUGGUGGGUGCCAGAAACUAGCCAAGCAUGUCAAGCUUUGUGAUGUGAUGAACUUGCCAUUAAUACAGCUGAUCGAUAUACCGGGCUUCGCAAUAGGAACGGUCGCAGAAAAGUCCGGCGUGAUGAAAUGGGCCAUGGAGCUAUGCAAAACAUAUUUCACAACCACAAUACCUAUUUUCAGUGUGAUUAUGCGACGCUGCUACGGUGUUGGGGGAGUUAUCUUGAUCGACAACCGGGAGCCGAACUGCCGAGUUGCUUGGCCCAGUCUCAAUUCUGGCUCAGUGCCCCUGGAUGGAGGUAUAGAAGUGAACCAUCGCGCAGAUCUUAGGAAGGCUGGAGAUAAGGCUCCAGAGCUAUACAGGCAACUCGAGGCUGAAUACACAAACCUCCAGCAUCCGCUGCGCGUGUCCACCAAGUUUGGUGUCGAAGAGAUUAUCGAUCCCGCCCACACACGACUGGUCGUGUGCGAGUGGACAACGCACAUGUACCAGGACACCCUCAAGGAAAGGCUACAGGAACGAGCAACUGGGAAGCUCAAGCCAUCCUUCCGCUAG